AUGAUCGAGCCCCGCAACUCGACUCUCUUUGAGGCUUGGAUGGAUGAGUUUUAUUCUACCGUGGAUGCCGCUAUCGCUGGUCGCCUCUUUAGAGAAGAAAAGCAAGAUGUCAAAAAUGAAGAUUUCAGCAGUGAUUGCGAUCACGAAAAGGACACCUAUGUUACCCAGUAUAAGCGACAUUUCUCAGGAAUACAAGAUGGAUCAUCAGCUUUCUCACCAUAUCUGUAUCGAUCAAGUCCGUCUAAAUGUAGCCCAAGGCAAACAGGUGCUGUCGCUUUUUCUGUGUGUCGAGGUAAAGUAAGCGAAGGUUUAGACUUCGCUGAUGCUUACGCACGCCUCGUAAUCACUGUCGGUAUACCUUACCCGGCCUUCAAAAAUCCUCAGACCGAUACUAAUGCAUCAAUCUAUACAUACUCCUGCCUACCUAUCGACCAUGCCGACUUUUUCCUACAGGUUGAGCAGAAACGUGCUUACAACGAUUUCUUGCACCAGCGCCAUGGGACCACCGAUUCCGGGCUACUUAGGCCCAAUUCAAUCGUAGACACAGCUAAGAGUGAUUCUGGGGAACGACGUCUAUCCGGAUCUGAGUGGUACGAGGCUCAGGCAUUCAGAGCCCUUAAUCAGGCGAUUGGUAGAUGUAUCCGCCAUCGAAAUGAUUGGGGGGCCGUGCUUCUAGUAGACUCGAGGUUUGUUGAACAGCCAGAUCGACACACGCAAUCUAUUAGCCGAUGGAUCCGAAGCCGGUAA